AUGUCGACGACAGCAGGAAACGAUCCGCUCACAGCAGGCCUCAGCGCCGUGCCCGUACAGCCCGAAGACAAGAGCACACCAUCUCUGAAAUUUGCCGAUAUUGGCAUCAACCUGAGUGAUCCCAUUUUCCGAGGCGUCUACCACGGCAAGAAGGCACACGACGAUGACCUACCACAAAUCGUCCAACGCGCUCUGGGAGCUGGCUGUAGGAAGCUCAUGGUCACAGGCUCUGACCUCGAAGAGUCUCAGAAGGCCAUUGAGUUGGCUGAGCAAUACCCUGGUCUCUGUUACGCUACAGUAGGAGUUCACCCGUGUUCCGCCAUGACGUUUGACAAGUACGAACAAGGCCCCGACGCGUUACUAUCUGCUCUCCGCAAUCUCGCUCUUAAGACUAAAGCUGCUGGCACUGCAGCAGCGUACGGCGAAUUUGGUCUCGACUACGACCGACUGCAUUACGCCGACAAGGACACUCAGAUCAAGUAUUUCCGCAAGCAACUCGACAUCGCUGUCGAGGUACAGCUGCCCUUGUUCCUGCACUCGCGUGCAGCAGCAGAAGACUUUGAGGCAAUUCUCAAAGAGAGACUCGAUGAGCUGCCCAAAAGAGGAUGCGUACACAGUUUCACAGGAACACUGCAAGAGAUGAAGAACAUCGUAAACAUGGGCUUUGACGUCGGCAUCAACGGAUGCAGUCUGAAGACAGAAGAGAACGUCGAGGUGGUCAAAGAAGUUCCACUGGAGCGACUACAGAUCGAGACUGAUGGUCCUUGGUGUGAGAUGCGACCGUCGCAUGCUUCAGCAAAGUACCUCAAGGACGCACCUCAGUUGCCAAAGGCUGUCAAGAAAGAGAAGUGGACGGCCGAAAACAUGGUCAAGGGCAGAAAUGAACCCUGUACCAUCCCCAAUGUGGCUUAUGCUAUUGCCAACAUCAAGGGCAUUUCGGUCGAGGAGGUAUGCGAAGCCGCAUGGAACAACUCGAUCAAGAUGUUUGGCCUUGGUGAGAGAUAG